AUGGCUGAGAAGAAAGGUGAUCUACAUGGCAUCAGACUUGGACGACAAGGCCCUGCAGUACAUCACCUACUGUUUGCUGAUGACUCGCUGCUGAUGUGUAAGGCUUCCAAUGAGGAGAGCUUAGUCAUUAUUGAUUGUCUCAGACGCUAUGGUGAAGCAUCGGGACAUGUGAUAAACAAGCUGAAAUCUUCAGUAGUCUUUGGUGCCAAAGUAUCAGAGCAAGACCGAGCCGAGAUCAAAAGGAUUUUGGAGAUAGAUAAAGAAGGAGGUGGUGGUACUUAUUUAGGAUUACCUGAAUGUUUCCAAGGUUCAAAGGUAGAGCUUUUAAACUUUAUCCGUGAAAAGCUUCAUGGGAGGUUGAAUGGAUGGUAUGCAAAGGCUCUCUCGCAAGGAGGAAAAGAAAUUUUACUUAACUCUAUUGCUCUUGCGCUCCCUGUUUAUACUAUGUCAGUGUUCAAGUUUCCCAAAGAUCUUUGUGACCGGCUCACUAGCGCGAUGAUAGAGUAUUGGUGGAGUAGUGGGUCUAACCGGGAGAAAAUUCCUUGGGUGGCGUGGCAGAAGCUCUGCAAAAGCAAAGAUGAAGGUGGUUUGGGUUUCCAUGAUAUCAGCAGAUUCAAUCAGUCUUUACUAGCUAAACAAGCCUGGCGCAUAUUAAUAAACCUAGAGUCUCUUGUCGCUAAGGUUCUCAAAAGCAAGUAUUGGAAGAAUGGAGAAUUUAUGGAGUGUGGUCUCGGCUCAAGAUCUUCUUUCGCUUGGCAAAGUAUCCUACUUGGCAGAGAGCUGUUGGAAAAAGGCCUACUGAGAAGAGUGGGAUAUGGCUCUACGACUUAUGCUUGGACUGAGAACUUGAUUAUGGGGCCACUUCCUAGACCUCCAAUGUACCGAAUGGAUGCACAAGUAGAUCUGACUCUUAUGGUUUCAGACCUUCUGAUUCCAAACUCCAACUUGUGGGACGCGUCAAAGAUUCGAAGUUUAUUUGUAGAAGAAGAUGCCAACACCAUUUUGAAUAUGAUAGUGGAAAGGCACAAGCCUGCUGCGCUCAUGUGGGGUCUCACUAGUCAUGGAGCCUACUCCUCUCAAUCUGGCUACAAACUAACGGAGACCCUUACCAGCUUAAACUCCUCGCACCACCACGGCCUUCCGCCUGUGGAGAAAAUGCUAUGGAAAAGUAUAUGGAAAUUGCAAACGUCUCCGAAGAUUCGACACUUUGUGUGGAGGGCAUUAGCUGGAGCAUUAGCAGUCUCAGAUCAACUGAGAUCACGUGGUAUACAUGUUGAUACUACAUGUAAGUCGUGUGGGAUGGGUCGUGAAACGAUAUGUCAUACCUUAUUCUCUUGCUCAACAGCUCGGGAUGUUUGGAGUGUUGCGAACCUCCCAUUACCUCCUCGUUGCCUGUCUACAAACUCUGUGUUUCUGAACCUUCAUCACUUGGUUGCUUGCACAAGAAGUAGAGACAUCACUGUUAAGCUCAAACGGAGUAUUCCAUGGUUGUUAUGGCACAUCUGGAAAGCUAGGAAUGAUUUGAUGUUUGAAAAAAUCCGGUUAUCUCCAUCUUCUAUUGUUAACAAGGCCGAGGAAGAGGCUGAAUCCUGGUUUAAUGCUAACUUUCCAGAAGAGAACAUGAUCCAGAACCAGACCCUGUAUAACCAUCAACGCAUCGUCUGGCAAGCUCCUCUGCCAGGAAUGCUUAAAUGUAACAUUGGUGUUUCAUGGGUGAAUGGGUCAAUUAACUGUGGAGUCUCCUGGAUCACUCGUGACACAAGAGGAAAAGUCCUAAUGCAUAGUCGUCGAUCUUAUUCUAUGGUGCAAUCGCGUGAAGAGGCUGAACUAUAUGCUAUCUUAUGGGCAGUAGAAAGUAUGCAGACCUUAAGACUUGAUAACAUCAUUUUCGAGACUUCCUUUACUCAUGCACGACGCUGUUUAUAUCGUUGGGAUGGUCAGGUAUGUGCUCCUGAAUCCUACCGAAUUUUAAACAUCAUCAACUCAAAGUUACAGCUAAUAUCGGCAUGGAGCCUAGACUAUGUUCUUCCAGCAAGCAACUCCAUUGCUUCGAGAAUCGCAGUAAGUGUGACUUCGAAUCAUCUAUACCAAUCUUAUAUCGCAAGGAGUGGACCUUCUUGGCUUCACCAGGCGAUAGCAGAAGAAACUUGA